GACAGGAACACUCGUGCUUGGGUGCUUCCUCCCAACCACCGCCAUUAGCUUCACUCACUUCCUCCCUCCCAAAAAAUCUUACCCGCUAAGAAAUGAAAUUAAAAUUACAAAAAUCUCACUAUAAAUGAGGACAUAACACAUUUCAACACUGCACACGACAAUGCCAACAAACUCGCAGCAACAGUUUCACGCCUUCUACGAAGGAUGGAUCCAACGCAAACAGACUCUCCUCGACGAGCUUCUCACACUUUCCAACGCUCCCGACUCCCAACACAAACACACCGCUCUCAUUGAAUCCGUUAUCUCCCACUACCAACAAUACUUCGAGCACAAAACACGCCUCCAAAACGACGACGUUUUGCUUCUCUUCUCUCCCACCUGGCUCUCCACCUACGAGCGAGCACUUCUGUGGAUGGGAGACUAGCGUGGCUAGUCCGCGCGUGUUGCAACGCGCUAGGAGAGUGGGGAGGUUGUUGGAUGGGGAGAUUGAUGAGCUUGAUGAGUCUAUGGGGGGGAUGAGGAACGCCGUGGGAGAGCUUUUUCAGAGAGCGGAUGAGUUGAGGGUGGCUACGGUUAGCAAGGUCGUGGCGGUUCUUUCUCCGCCGCAGACGGUUAGGUUUCUUGCCGCGGCCUUAGGGUUUCAGCUACGUGUCAGGCGGUGGGGGCUGGAAAGGGACCAGUCCCGUUGACGGCUUUGACUUUUUUUUUUUAAAUCUUUUUCUUAGAAGUGAAACCAAAACAAGUGCUCUGUUUUUUUCCUCACACUGUUCUGCAUUGUGAGCUGUUUUUAUCAUGAUAAUAAUUAUGAUUGUAAAUUUGUAAUCGGAUACAUUUAUUUAUCAGUUCCACCAUAAAUUUUGGCAUCUACAUUUAUAGUGACU